AAAUCGUGGCAUUAGAAAUAAAGAAGAUAACCAACACGAAGCCAUCUAAACCGUAUUUAAGAAGAGCGAACCCGAUGAUAUCAUGGAUGGAGAAUAGAGAAUAUCGUAAUCAUCACGACCUUCAUGAUGGUCGAAACGACUUAUUUUUAUGUUCCUUCAAAUAUGAA